AUGGAAAAAAUCUCAUCUCAAAUAUAUCAAUCAAUUUUUCGUAAAAAUUCAAUUUUUAUAGGAACAAUAUUUGCAUCAGCAUUUGUUUUCAAAAUAGCUUUUGACCAAGGAACACAAGCUAUUUGGGAUUAUGUUAAUCAAAACAAACAAUGGAAAGAUAUUCGUAAACAUUAUCUUGAAGAAUAA